CGAGACUAGAGUUCAAUAUUGCUAGGAUCUAGACGAAACAUUUCGAUUACUGAUACACAGUUUGAUGGAAUAAAUUCUAUCUUUAAAUAUUACACAACAUGAUUCAUAUGGAGUUUUCUCGAAAUUCUUGUCGGAAAAGUUCGAGAAUUCGAUCAUAUUAUGAAAAUUUGCCUAACAUAUCGUUGAUUUUAAAAUUGAUAAUAAUCAAUAAAGUUAACUCCCAACAGUGCUUCGGUACUUUGAUUUUAAGUUAUAAGUACCCUUUUGCAUCACAAACCUUUUUUAUGUGCAUAACAUGCAUAAGGUGUGAAAAUUUAAAGUUAGUAAAUUAUGUGGGAUUUUAGGCAUUUCUGGUUUUCGAUUCAUGGUUGUGCAAAGAAUUACCAUAUCUUGUUGACCAAAAGUCUUUUUACGGUAAAGGGCAAGUAAUACUGUUAUACAGACAUCUGUUAUUGAGAUGCUUCCAUUUUCCAAAAGAAUUCUAAAUCAUGUUAAUGGGGAUCCAACUUUUAGAAAAUGAUAUAGAAUGUUAUUGUUGUUUUAUUUAUUCAGAUGCAUCAUUUAUCCCUGUGGUUGGAUUUGGAAAGCAGGUCACUAGGUGUCUGCAAUACAUGUUACAAGAGUCCAUCAUUAUAAUGGGAGUUAGUGCGCAUGCUCGACAUGAAAGGGUUGACAAAAUUCGGUGAGCCUUGAGGGAAAUUUUCUGCCCAAAAUCUGAUUUAAAGGAUAUGUACUUCUAAGUGAACUGAAAAAGAAAGAUAUAAUGAGUGUGUAAAUGGACUUUAUGGUAGAGUUCUGUGAAAAUUCAAAGGACUGAGUGGAAAAAAGCAAACCAAUACCGGGUGAGUGAACACUACUUAAACGGCGCUACUGUAUCCGUGCCUUACUGUUGUCACACUAACUGUAAAUAUUUAAAAAAUCAAUGGCUAGUACAAACUCCAAGAAAAGACGCCUCAAAGUAUCGGAAACAGAAUCAGAAAUGGAAAACGCUAAUGAAUCCAAUGAUUCAAAUGUUCUGGAGGGAUUUCAAAUGCGUGAAAUAAUGCAAGGUAUAAAUAGUAUACAGAGCACCCUCACAGGUUUCAUGCUUCGAUUAGACACCCAGGGACGUCAUAUGGACGAAAUCACUACGGAAGUAAGGGGUAAGCAUGGAGUACAAGAACGUUGGGAACAAUUACAAGAACAGGCGAACGACACACUUUACACAAUCACAGAAUACAAACACGCACAAGAAAGAUGUCAAGAGAGGUUAGACUGCUUAGGGACUAUAUAGUCAAACUUGAAUUUCGAAUAAACUCUCAAGAAAAGCAAAUAUCAGAACUGCAAACUAGAGCUUUGGAAAAAAACAUUAUCAUUAGCGGUCUUGAGGAAAAAUUCACAAAAAGUAGAACUUCAGAAAAUUUAGCAAAGGUCAUUAGAAACUUUUUCAUCCAUGAAAUGGGGAUAGAAGAAGAUAGUGUAGACGCCCUACAAAUCAACGCGUUUUACAGAAUGGGGGAAAAAGACAAAAACAGGAAGUAUCCAAGGCCCGUGUGCGUGCAAUUCGCUUAUAAAAUAAAUAAAGACACUGUCAUGAGCAAAAUCAAAACAUUAAAAGAUAAAAAAUCGCCGAUCAGAGUUGCCAGUCAUCAGCCGGAACAAAUUCGAGAGACGCGGAAGAAACUUCGAAAUUCAAAAGAAAUACCAAGCAAAGAAUAUAGAUACGAAGUUGAAAGGGGACAAACUCGUCUUCGCUGGGAGCGGCAGUGUCUAUAAGGAAAAGAUAGGAACCCCCACAGCGGAAGAAGUCAUUUCAAGAGAAUCCGUUAACAUUCCAGUGUGUUCAGGUAAUCAAAAAACACAAAAAUCAACAUCGACAUUUUGAUGUCUAAUUAAUAUUUGAAACAUAUACAAAAAACACCAGCAAUAAUUUUCCCCUUUUUUUCUGGAUUUUUUAAUAUAAAAGUAGUGAGUUUAGUUUGUUGUAUCUGAUUGACACAACCAUUCAAUUAAGUCACUAAAAUAAUCUGAGCCAAUAUUACCUUUUCUUCUCUUCUGCUGUGUACUGUUUAUUAAUUUAUUUAUUUUUAUGUUUUACGGAUUAUUUUUUGUCAUAUAAUUCCGGAAUAUUUAGUUCCACUUUGUUUUAAUAUAGUGUCGUAAUUAUGUUUCGUUUUCUAUUUCCGGUGCUUGUGGCUCAGCUGUAAACAAAAAUGUAUGUCAUAUGUGUCAAUAGAUUAUUCCAUGUUACCAUUUACACAGGGAAAUUUUGAAGUUAUCAGCGAUUACAUGUCUUAUGAGUCAGCUGUGAGAUAAAUGAAUGCGUCUUUACCCGGCCAUCUUUCACAUCAAGAACAAUGGGGUUAAGCAAUGAAGAGGUCAACAAAAAUAAAAGCUCACCACAACACGAUUUCAAGGACUUGGAGGUGAAUGACAAUGACGUCCACAUAGAAGAAAGAGAAGGUCUCAACAAGUCUAUCCUUGAAGAGGACAGUGAAAAGGAAGGGAUUCUGGCCAGACUGAGGCGUGAUGCCAUAUACCGAGAGAAAUAUUUGAUUUCCCUGGGUAUUAUGUGGAGCUUUUUUGUUUUAGGUUGGACCAUGGGCCAGUUUGGACCAUCUCUAUUGGACUUAAGAAUCAUCACCAGCACUUCCCUGAAACAAGCCUCGGCAUUCAUGACUGGUCAUUCUGUUGGAAUUCUUGUAGGCUCUGUAGUUUUGGGAAUCAUUUUUGACAAAAUGAAACAGGAGAAGACAUAUUGUGUGGCAUGGACAGUUUUAACAAUGAUGUUCAUUUUAGCUGUCAUUCCUUGGUGCUACAUCUAUGAAUUGAUGGUUGCCAUGCACGUGUUUAAGGGACUAGCCGGAGGUGGCUUGGACACCACUGGCAACGCUCUUCUCAUAAGUAUCUGGAGGGAUGACGGAAAAUCGUUCCUACAGAGUAUUCAAUUCGCUUUCGCUAUUGGAGGAGCCAUUUCUCCUUUUGUCACUAGCCCGUUCCUUGCUCCAGAGAAAGAUAUGAAUAUCACUAGUGCAAUCACAGGAAAUGAAAGCAUAGCAAAUUACACAAACAAUGCAACAACAUCUGAUUCUGGUAAUUUCCCAUGGACCGAGUCCAGAUUGUAUGUCCCAUAUUCAAUAGCAGCUUUUCUUGCCCUAACAGCUACUGUUCCAUUAUUUGUGUUAGCCUGCACAUCUGACCGACCCACGGAUGUGCAGACUAAGAGUUCUGAGGAUGAUAGCGUGGGUGAAGAGAGAAAAACUCAGAAGUUAUCAACUGGGAUUAAGGCCUUUGUGUUGAUUAUUUUAAUGGUGUUCCUUGGAAUUGACUGUGCCAUGGAAGAUGGUUUCAAUAACUUUCUGGCCAUCUUUUGUGUCAGUGAGUUAAAGUGGACGAAACAUAUGGCUUCGAAUGUUACUGCUGUAUUUUGGAUAAGUUUUACCAUUGCCAGAUUUCUUGGAAUUUUCUUGGUCCGGAUUUUUAAGCCUAUUAAGUUGAUUUUCUUUCUAAUUGUUCUCAUGAUCAUAGGAUUCGCAGGGUUUUUCACAGCGGCACACUUCAAGUUUUAUGAGGGUAUUUGGAUUUCCUCCGCGAUAGUUGGUUUAGCAAUGUCCAUGAUUUUCCCGUUAGUAUUCGCUUGGACAGAAGAGUCCAUCUUACCAGUAACGGGAUUUGUAGCUUCCUUGUUCCUCAUAGCUUGUUCCAUGGGAACAAUGAUCAAUCCAAUCGUUUUGGGAUUUUUAAUGGAGAAUUCCACUCCAAUGUGGUUUCCCUACCUAUUGUUAGGAGAAUCUGUCAUAACAUUUUUGGUAUUAUGUCUAGUUUGGACAGUUGCUAGUCAUAUCAGUCGAUUGAAAAACACUUUCAGGGAUGAAAAAAUAGAAAUUCGAUCUGAGGACCAAGAUAAUCCUGAGCAUAAGAGUUUCAUUGCUGAAAGUGAACUAAAUGAAGAACGUCUUUAGAGAAAUACAUGAAAUUGAAGACAUUUGCCAAGAGAAAAGAAAACACCAUUCCAACUUAUAGAUACAAGCUCUUUUGGUUUUGUCUUUUUUUGAAAAGUAAUUAACUUAGAUAUUGAAUUAUUCUGAGCGUUUAAAUAGUACUAGUAUAUUAAAUACGUAGUAUUAUACAGAUACAUUAGACUUUUUAAAAUCUUCGAAAGUAUGCGGUGAACCUGAAUGGAAUCAUUUUUCAGUCUUGUGAUACUUUUUUUCAAUAUUCGCGUUUUAAACACGAAUACAAUAUAUUUGUUCAAUAAAGUACCAAAUGUGAUAAUAUGUAUACACUUUGUAUACUAAAUAGUAUGUGAAGUUGUGCGCAUUUUGUUAUAAAAGAGUUGUUAAUUGCAUUUGUAUAAUUUAUUUGCUUUACAAUUGAUUUAUAAUGUGUAUGUUUGUAUUUACCACAGAUUAAAAAUAUUCAUGUUCGAAGCAUCCGUAUUUUAUCCUUGUUUAUUAACUCUUGUCUUAAAUUAAGUUAGCUAUGUUUUGCUUUAACUCAUUAAAUAUGAACAUCUAAUAUAUUUUUCAUGUUCAGUUAAACUAAUUUUUUUUUAAAAAGAUGUUAUAUUAUACCCUAGUCCGUAACGAUUUUACAUGAGUAAUAAAAGAAUGAUUCAGAAGAGAAUGUUAAACAAUCAAAGAUUUACAUAAAUAAUUUUUCUUAUGUUUGAAUGAAAGUAUACCAAACGAGUAUUAUGUACACACACCCUGUCAGGUAUGUUUUUUAUUUGUUUGAUUUUUUUUUCAUUGCAAACAUUCUUUGAAUAUUGAUAUAAGAAUUUAAUCUAACAAUUAAAAAGUGCUUGUAAAUUUUAGUUUCCUUAUGAGGAAGUUUUUAUAUAAAGUUGUAUUCAAAAUUUAUUGGCCAAGGUUAACACGAGACUGAAGUAAUUUU